AUGGUUACCUCGUCCCGUGUUGGCCUCCUCGGCCUUUCUUUGCUGGCGUCUGCGGAAGCUGCAAAGUACGGAUACAACCACGUCAGUGUUCGCCCGGACAGUGAUAUCGUUGCAGCGGCAUUUCCAGAUGUCGAGGGCGUUGAUUUGUUUUCGCCCGCAUUCUUGAACCCUGAGGGAAUCCCUGCUGGGUUCUCAGACGGCACCAAGGGCCCGACUGACGAAGAUGUUCUCGAUGCUUUCGUUCAAGGACUCGCCGACAAGAACGAUUGGUUGACAUACAACAAGGCGAACUUCACCUCUGAAGAGGGCCGCCCGUUCCCCUACCUGCACUUGUCCACCGGGUCGAAGAAGUCUCGUAGGGUCGCCAACUCCACUGAGAAGGUUCGCGUUUGGCUACAGGGCGCCGUCCACGGCAACGAGCCCGCCGGCGACGAGUCCAUGCUAGCGCUCCUUGGUGCUCUGGAUGCAAACCAAACCUGGGCUGCUUCCCUCCUCGAGAAGCUCGACAUCGUUGUCCUUCCCCGCUACAACCCCGACGGUGUCUUCUACUUCCAGCGCACCUUGGCCACCAACUACGACCCCAACCGCGACCACAUCAAGCUCGCCCGCAAGCAGACGCGCGACAUCAAGUCCCUCUUCAACGAGUUCAACCCCCAUGUUGUCGUCGACAUGCACGAGUACGGAGCUACGUCUCGCUACGGUAGCUACUACCACGCCGCCGAUGGACUGUUCUCCGCCGCCAAGAACCUCAACAUUCAUCCCAACAUCCGGUCUCUUUCCGAGGAGCUCUUCGCCAAGAACAUCGGCGCCGCCAUGGAAUCCCGUGGCCUGCGAUGGGAGCCCUACGUGACCGGGUCCACCAGCACCGAUCCGAACUUCACACCCAACUUCGCCGAGGCAGGCUCCGACGCAAAGAUUGGCCGUAACGCCAUGGGUCUGACGCAGUCCGUUACCUUCCUCAUUGAGAUGCGCGGUAUCUACCUUGCAGACCAAGAGUUCCAGCGUCGCACCGUCGCAGGUCUCACCAUGGCGUCUAGCAUCCUGCAAACCGCCGCCGACAAUGCCGAGAAGGUGUACACCACCGUCGAGUCCUCCAUUGCCGACUUCAAGUCCUCCGACGCAGAGAUCAUCGUCACUGACUUCUCUUCCGUCGUUGACCGCCCCUUUUCCAUGGUCAGCAUCAGCAACGGCUCCGUCGUCCAGGUACCCAUCAAGUUCGCCUCCACUACCCCCGUCACGGCCAACAUUACGCGUGCCCGCCCCGAGGCGUAUCUCAUUCCCGCAGCCUGGGCGGAUCUCGCGGAGCGUCUGAAGGUUGGCGGCCUCGAGGUCGAGACGCUGGGCGAUUCGUACAAGGGCACCGUUGAGGCCCUCAACAUCACUUCUGUGAAGUUUGAUUCGGAGUACUACGAGGGUGUCGUUCGCGCAACCGUGACCACCGCGUCGUUUGAGAAGGAGGUCGAGUUGCCCGCUGGCAGUUUCCUUGUUAGCACGAAGCAGAAGAACGCCGCGCUUGCUUUCGUGGCGCUGGAACCGGAGAACAUUGACUCGUACGCCAGCUUCAACGUUGUUCCCCUCGACAAGGGUGAUGAGUAUCCCGUUUACAGGAUCCUGGCGUGA